GGAAGCUCACGCUCGGUUAUUGUCCCUCUGCAGCUGCCGUCUGGUCCCAUCCCGGGCGAGCCUUGCAUGACGCGGUGUGCGUCAUCAAUACGCGACAGCGGCUGCCCACAUGAGUAUGAGAAGCUGCUGUUUGAUGAAGAUUUACAACUGAAGAACUCAAUCUGCAGACUCAUGGAAAGAUCACGGGGGGAGGAGGAGGAGACAACCACAUCUCAGAGAGAAGAAGUAGUAGAAGAAGAAAAGACACAGUCUAUGGCUAGGAGAGGAGGAGGAGAAGCUUCUACAACAAGAGGAGAUGAUGAUGAUGAUGAUGAAGCUGUUACAAUGAGAGGAGGCAAUGAAGAAGAAGAAGAAGGUGGUGACGACGACGGCGAUGAUGACGACGAUGACAACGUGGAGCUGAAGAAGACCGUCAAACGGAGAGCUGUUGGGUUGACUUCCCUUCCAGACAGGAAGUGUGUUCCAGGUGUCAUUUACCUGGGUCACAUUCCCCCGAGGCUCCGCCCCAAACACCUGAGGAACCUGCUGUCAGUGUACGGAGAGAUCGGACGCAUCUUCCUCCAGCCAGAAGACAGCCAGGUGAGGAGAAGGAAGAAGAAGUCCGGCUUGAGGAGGUGUGACUUCACUGAAGGAUGGGUUGAGUUCCGAGAUAAACGAGUGGCAAAGAAAGUUGCUGCUUCUCUCCACAACUCUCCGAUGGGAACCAAGAAUCGCCAACGGUUCUCCUCCGACCUGUGGUGCAUCAAGUACCUGCACCGGUUCCAGUGGACUCACCUGAGCGAGCGGCUGGCCUACGAGCAGACGGUCCUUCAGCAGAGACUCAGGACAGAGGUGUCUCAGGCCAAGAGAGAAACCAACUUCUACCUGAGCAACGUGGACAAGAGCGCUCACCUGGACCUCGUGAGGAGGAAGAGACAGAGAGAUGGACAGCAGGUGGAAGAAAAGACGUGGGACUUCACCCAGCGCCCGACAGAGGACGAGAUCCAGACGAAGAAGAAGAAGAAAGACUCGUUUACCCAGAAGCAACUGGACAAGGCCCGCCUUAUUCAGCAAAAGAGCCAAUCGAAUGUCUCCCUGCUGGCCAAGAUUUUCAACUCCAAACAAUCAGUUUGACAGAGACGGCUUGCCCAACCAAUCAUAAGCUGUUCUGAGCAGGGGGCGGAGCCGUGUGUGUGUGCGCGCGCGCGUGCGCGCGCGUGUGUGUGUGUGUGUGUGCACUAAAUAUACCUACAUAUGUGCACUUUGUUAUGUAGUUUAUUGUAUGAAGAGCUGCUGUUUGCCUUUAAACAAUAAAGUGACAGUGUCAGAGUCCGUGAUGACUCGCAUCAACCAGCAGAGGGCGCUGUCAGGUGGAUGACGACCAGCGGACAGGUGACCCACACACGUGCAUGUCAUGAUAAAAGACCCUGCAGAAGGACAGACCUGCAAGUGGAGCUUCCACUGACUGGAGGACGCGCUUGUUGACUGAAGCGUCUCAGGAGAUCCUCUGGAAUCAGACAAACCGGAUCACAAUCUGACUCAAUUUAUUUCUGAAGGUAAAUGUUGGAUUAACCGUUUUAAAUAUAACAAAGGUUUGUUGAUUACAAGCAGAUGUUUGUUUUACUUUUUCUGGUCGUGUUUCAAUUUGAAUCAAUUAUUAGAUUGAAAAUGAAUCCUCUGUUUUUAGACUUUGUUAAAGCCUCCGUGUGUCUCCUGACUGCUUUUCAUUAUUUGAUGUGAACAUUCACAUGCUGUUUCGUUUUAUGAAUGUGGCUGCAUUUCUUUCCUGGUUAAAAAUGUGAAAAAAUAAAUAUCUCAAACUCA